CUCUUCGGUUUCUGUGGCAACAAGUGACAACAAUGGAAGCUUCAUUGACACACUAAAAAUGAAUGUUUAUAACGACUCCGACUAUGGCUAUCCGCUAAUCGUCCCUUCAUCAGGUCUACAGCUGCGAACGAGGGUCUACGUGGAAGUAAAAGCUGUGAACCUGACUGGAAACUUCCAUGUGCUGAUGGAUCACUGCUUCGGAACUCCCACCUCUUAUAAUGCGUCACACACUGAGCAACACAACUUCUUCACCGGGUGCUCAGUUGACCAAAGGGCAACAAUAAAUACCAACGGAAACUCCAAAUUUGCCCGCUUUGACUUUGAGGCCUUCCGCUUCGUUCAACACCGCGAGCAGACCAAGUCCAGCAUCUACCUACAUUGUAUUCUCAGACUCUGUGAGCCCACCAAAUGUGAAGAACUCUUGAAC